AUGACAUCCACUACUGAAGAACUACAGAAGUAUGUUGGACAAAGUUUUAGUAAAGUUAAACAAGAAUUAGAAAGUCAAGGCUAUAGUGUCCGUGAAAUUCGUCUUGGCACCUACACAACAGGUGGCCGUGUAUCAAUGAGACCAUACCUCAGUAUUUUAGUUCUUUUAUCGAAAAAUAAAUUAUUUUCACAUGUUUUAGUUGCAUUUGAUAAUAUUAUUCGUCAUGUUGCUGAAUAUAUUUUUGGUCUUAAUCGAUCAUGUUAA